UUCUGCGCUUUGCGUGCUCGUGUGCCCACGUGCCUUUUGACUUCAGCGCCCUUUGUCUCCAGCCUCGAGGACUGCAGUAUGACCUCGGCCGAGAAGACACGUGUGGCGCUCGUGGGCUUGGGCCGCGCUGGCCACUUCCACUUGCAGUCCGUGGUGCAGCUGCCGCACAUGGUUCAGUUGUCCUGGGUGGUGGACAUCGACGAGAGCAAGGCCCAGCGCAUUGCUGCAGAACAGGGGUGCCGUUGGUCCACAGAGCUGGGUGAGGCGCUCGCCGACGUGGAUGCAGUGAUCAUCGCUUCUGCGACGGACACGCACUUUCCCUACAUCAUGGAGUCCCUGCGGGCCAACAAAGCCGUCCUGGCCGAGAAGCCCAUCUCACACGAGCUGCACGAGGUGAUCGAAGCAGUGGAGCUAGCGAAGAGUCGGAACCUUCCCUUUGUCUGUGGCUACCAGCGCCGAGCCGACCGCCACUUCCGGGCGCUGAAGCAACAGCUGGACGCCGGUGCAGUGGGCAAGACGAAGUUGGUGAAGACCUGCAGCCGCGACAAUCCACUCCCACCAUUGGAGUACCUUCGCACUAGUGGUGGUAUCUUCCACGAUAUGCUGAUUCACGACUUCGACAUGCUCGACUUUCUAAGCAACGGCGAGGAGCCUGAAUCGGUAACGGCCAUCGGGCAUUGCUACAACGCUGAAAUCCACAAGAUGAAUGACAUCGACACUUGCGCAGUUAUGUUCAAGUAUGCAAGCGGCAUGAUGGCCAUGGUUGACACUAGCCGCGAUGCAUCUUAUGGCUACGACCAGCGCAUCGAGGUCUUCGGGGAGAAGGGGAUGUUGACUGCCCACAACGAGCUGACGAGCACGGUGGAGUUGGCCACCAGUGCCGGGCACCUGCGACCACCGGCCAUGUACAGCUUUCCGCAGCGAUACCUCCAGGCGUACCGAUCCGAGCUCACGGAGUUUAUCGAGCUCGUGCGUGCCGGAAGCGACAGCGAGGUGCACGCUAAGGAACAGGUCGCCAUGCUCCGUCAUCCUGGCGUGGUCCGUGCCACAAUGGCUGCAGAGAUGUCGUGGAAGCUUGGGCGCACGGUGCAGCUUACAGAGGUGGGCAGGGACUCCGAAUCCGUGCCAGGGAAGAUGGAGGCAACGAACAUGUUCGGCGACAGCUUCCGCAACUAUGAGAACUCCGAGCGCCAGGAGAAGGUUGCAGCCACUUACGGCCUCAUGCACCAGAAUCAGACCGUUGAGUUCGUGCGGGAGCAGCGGGAGAAGUGGAUGAAGUUCAACAAGGGAGAGUUCACAGUGAUGGAGGUGAUUUCCAUGCUGGACGACUUGGUGGACGACUCCGAUCCCGAUGUGGACAUCCCCAACAGCAUUCAUGACUUCCAGACCGCCGAGCGCAUUCGCGAGCAGUGGCCAGGGGAGGAGUUUGAUUGGUUCCACCUGGUGGGGCUUUUGCAUGAUCUGGGCAAGGUCAUGGCACUGCCGACGAUGGCAGGAAAGGAGACUUUGCCACAGUGGGCCGUCGUGGGGGACACCUUCCCGGUCGGCUGUGCCCCUGCGGAGGAUGCAGUCGUUUUCCCGGAGGCCUUCCGCGAGAAUCCGGACUACCACCACCCUGUCUUCGGCACAAAAAACGGCAUCUACGAGCCCGGUUGCGGCAUUAGCAAGCUCAUGUUCUCCUGGGGCCAUGAUGAGUACAUGUACCAGAUGCUGAAAUUCAACGGCUGCACCAUCCCCGAGCAAGGGCUGAACAUGAUCCGGCUCCAUUCCUUCUAUCCCUGGCAUGACAAGGGGGCUUACAGCCACUUCGAGAGCUCAGGGGAUGCAGAGACGAAGAAGUGGGUGAAAGAGUUCAACAAAUUCGACUUGUACUCCAAGGCCGAUGCGGUGCCAGAUGUGGAGAAGCUGAAGCCGUACUAUGCAUCCCUCUUGAAGAAGUACAACCUCGAUGGCAAGCUCCGGUGGUGA